CGCCAGACAAAAGUCAUGGGAUUUACUACUUUUCUAGACAUGUAGGUUCCGGAUUGGUCUGCCAAUACCAAAUUUCAAACGUUUUCAAACUUAUGUUUUGGUCUGUCUGACUCUGACUUCGAAUUCAAGGCUCAAAACACGAGAGAGAGAGAGAGAGAGAGUGCCCAAAAACUCCUUUCUUAAUUUUUCUUCUUUACUGUCCUCUCAGUCAAUCUAACUUCGACCAUUUUUUAUUUGCUGGGUCCGAAUCUAAACUCAACCUUACACAAUCUGUUUGAUUUCGUCGGAGAGAGAGACCACCUCUCUCUGUAACCAAAGCAGAAAAGAGAAUCGGAGAUGAGGCCCAAUUGGGAACUCACUAACUGCUGCAACCAUGAGCAAGUGGUCUUUCUCAUUACCGUUUCUGUCUGCACUGUCGUUAUACUUGCGCUGUGGAGGACAAUACUGCUGAGACCAUUUAAGCUUGUCACUGUGUUUCUUCAUGAGGCGAGCCAUGCUAUUGCUUGUAAACUUACAUGUGGUCAUGUGGAAGGGAUUCAAGUUCAUGCAGAUGAGGGUGGAACCACACAAACCCGUGGUGGUGUAUACUGGUUGAUUUUGCCAGCUGGAUAUCUUGGUUCAUCCUUUUGGGGGAUGCUAUUGAUUCUUGCAUCUACAAAUCUUCUUACUGCACGAAUAGCUGCUGGGUGUUUUAUUGCUGCUCUACUGGUUGUACUGUUUAUAGCUAAAAAUUGGACACUUCGAGGACUUUGUAUAGGAUUCAUUCUUUUCCUCGGUAUAAUUUGGGUUCUGCAAGAAACAACAAAAGUUCGUAUACUUCGGUAUAUUAUUCUGUUCACUGGUGUAAUGAACAGCUUGUUUUCAGUCUAUGAUAUCUAUGAUGAUCUUAUAUCCCGUAGAGUUCAUUCUAGUGAUGCUGAGAAAUUCGCAGAAGAGUGUCCUUGCUGUACUGGUUGUGGAUGGGGUGUCAUUUGGGGGUUUAUAUCUUUCUUGUUUCUCUGCGGAGCCAUGUACCUCGGUCUUGUGAUUUUGUCCUGAGUGCAGCAGGAUACAAAAUCUGGUAAAAAAAUUCAGUUGAUGAGAAGUCCUGACACCAACUUGUCUAUGCGAGGAGAUUUUUUCAUCAUACUAACUUGUGUAGAUUCAUUCUUUCCAACGCUGUGGAUCUCAGAUAUCUUAUUUAUGCCAAUGAAUUUUGUUUAUGGGGAUUG